ACGCCUUGCCACCAACAACAGUCGUUUCUUCUGUUUUGAGCGUCUCUACUAUCCAAUCUCGAAGUGCAUGAUUGGGUGCCAAGUAGCUUAUCAUGUUAGCUCCCUCGGGUCUGAUGCGACCUUUCUGUCCCCGGGCAAUGGCCAAAUCCCAUCCCCCUUCGAUCGUUCUCAGCCAUUGCUCCUUGACAGCAAAGGUCGCAUUAGCACUCGGUCCUUGGAACACCACCAUUACACCAUGGCGUCGAAGAUAUUGUACAGUCAGUCCUGUGCAAUGAAUAUGCUGACACCAGAGAUCGGCACUGGUGUCCCGCACGGGGUCCCGCACGGGUGCGAACAGACGAUGACACCGCCGGCAGCAUCCGCGGCAGCGGAAACUGGUUAUGUGUCGGUGCAAGUAGGUGUUGAGGGUGAAGAAGAGGAAUGUGAUGGAUCUGCGGUGGACAAGGUACAUAAUGUUUUCGUAUAUGGAACUCUCUUGGCGGACGAACUUUUGAUGGCACUGCUGAACCGUGUUCCGGAGAGCACUUUCGGCUACAUCGAAGACUAUCACAGGCAUUCGGUAAUUGGACGCCCUUACCCGACCGCCUACCGUUUGCCUGGCGGGAAGAUAGAUGGUCGACUUCUGUUGCAUUUGACGAAGAAGGAGCUAGAUAUUCUCGAUUGGUACGAGGACGAUGAAUACAUUCGGUUAUGGGUCGACGUUGUCGUUGUCCCGCGCAAUGGCAGUGCUCGAGGUGACGACGUGUCAUUACCGGUGGCCAACUCGGCACAGGUAGAAGGUGGCGUGCGCGACGUAGCGGUGCCAGCUCCACACCGCGGCACGGAUAUGGAUGCGGCAGUGGAAGCACGGCGGCAGCAGAGCCAGAUCGCCGACAAUUCCGAAGAUGUCAUCCCUCAGGACAAAACCAGUAGUAAAUACGAAGUAUCGCGCUGAGCAGCAAAGUCAGCACAACAGGAAGAACCCAAGUCGGUGCGGGAUGACGCCGAGAAGAAUACGGACUC